AUGACUGAUGAAUUCAAUCGAUAUUAUAUCAAAAUUCGAGCUAUUUUGGGAAUAGAUUCAAAAACAAUCUUUGACGAACUUACAGAGGCAUUGGGACCUGAUGCUCCAUCAUAUCCAACAGUCAGAAGAUGGGCGAAACGUUUUCAUGAAGGAAGAGACGAUGUCACUGAUGAUCCUCGAUCUGGUCGUCCGAUUUCGGUACUUACAGAUGAAAAUGUUGAACGCGUUCGACAAGUUAUCGAAGAUGAUCCACACUCAACUUAUGAUGAUAUUAUGGGUGAGACUGAUCUAUCACGUGGUACAAUAGAACGAAUUAUUCAUGAUCGUCUAAAGAUGAGAAAAGUUACAUCACGUUGGGUUGCUCAUCAACUUACUGACGAACAAAAACAAAAACGACUUAGAAUUUGUCGUCAAAAUUUAGAGAAAUUUAGAAAUGGAACAUGGCAUUUAUGUGAUGUUAUUACUGGUGAUGAGACAUGGAUUUAUCACAGGCAGAUUGGUCGAAAGUCAAGCAAUGCUACUUGGGUUGGCGAAAAUGAACUACCAAGAACCAUUAUUCGUCGGAAUAGAUUUGAACCUAGAACACUAUUUUGCUUCUUCUUCAAAUCCACUGGUUCUCUUCUCAUACACAAAGUAGAUAAGGGCAAGACAAUCGAUCAUGACUACUAUAUUGACAAUUGUCUUAUACCUGUUAUCAAUGAAAUAAGAAAAAAGGAAAAGUCAUCACGUACUACAUAUAAAAUGCUUCAUGAUAAUGGUCCUCCUCAUACUCAUCCAGAUGUUAUUGAUUAUUUAAUGGAGGAAGGAAUCGAAAUCAUUCCACAUCCACCGUAUUCACCAGAUCUCGCACCGUGUGACUUUUGGCUAAAUGAUUAUAUCAAGAACAAGUUGACGGAUCACACAAACGAAGAAUCAUUAGCUCAAGAGGUUUCCACCAUAGUGAAGAAUAUUCCAAUAAACGAGUUUAAAAAGACUUUCGAUAAACUGUUAGAAAGAAUGAAACUUUGUAUCGAAAAUAAUGGUGAUUAUUUUGAGCAUUUAAUAAAAUAAAAUAACGAAUGUCUCUUCGUUUCUGUAUUGUGGUUUUAUGUUGGCAUGAUCUUUUCUUGGCUAUAAAUACUAUAGUUUUAGACUGAAAGGAUGUUAGAACUAAGUCUAAGAGAGAGUUGCUCUAUAUAUUAUUAAAGACGAGACGUUAUACUAUAUAUUGCCUUAGUAAAAUAUUCAAUAUUUAUUGCUUUAUUAAAUUUUAAAAACUGUGAUCAGAACUUUUGGUAUACCCUAAGUAAAAAAAUUAGGGGAUCUGGUUAAACACUUCUCUAUACAAUUUUUUAAGAAUAAUGCACAAUGAAACUGAAGUAAGCCAGUUCAAACGGUUAUCAUAGUAUUUAUUAUGUGGCUUUAUGUAAAGAGAAAACAAAAAUUUCUUUUAUUUAUAGUGUAUUUUCUUUUAUUUUAUCGCCAUUUUCUUUCAUGAUUGCAAUGGAUCGCAUAUCAACUAUCAUUUCUGCUCUUUAUAUGAGAAGUUGUACCAUGCAAGUAUUUAUAAGAUCAACAAAAUUGCUCAUUAUUUUUCUCUCUCUAUUUCCGCCUCUCUCUCAUGCAUACAUCGAGAGAGUUUCACUUCAGGUACUUUUUUUAGUUUUUAUCAAAGGCACCUUGAAAAGAAAAUGAACGAUAGUUAAUUUUUCAAACGCAUUUGUUCACUAUUUUUUCAAUAGGCGUGCUAUAAUAAAAAUAACAGAAUUCUGUUUUCUUUUAAGCAAUGUAUAUUUUUUUAAUAUAAAUUUCAUAACGCUCUAAAACUUCUUCAGCAAUUUGCUCAAUAGACAACGUCUUAUUCAUAUUUAUUAUGGAAACCAUAUUACAGAUAGUUUGUUUCCUUUUUUUUAUGUGGCCAUUACAGUCCUGCAGGAACAACUUUUUUGAGUUCCCGUUCCCGUGAGAUUGUUUGUUCUCGUUCCCGUAAAAAAAAUGUUUGUUUCCGUUCUCGUAAGAAAAAUGUUUGUUCUCGAUCCCACUUCCCGUUCCCAUAAGGUGUUCAGAAACCCGAGUGGUAUUUCACUUUUUUAUAUUUUAAAAAACUAUCGUUGUCUGAUAUUAGUUUCUCACAGCAUUACAAUUUUCAAAAUGUGACAUAGGUUAUGGUAGGCUACACCGAAAUUGAAGUUAUUUAUUGUCGAUAAUAUCAAUCUGCAAUGUUUUUUGAUUCAUAUUCUAAGGGUGUAGAUGCUUUCUAAUACCAUUAGAUAAGUUAUACGCUGAUAAAAGAAAUAAAGACUGAAUUCACAGGAUACGUUGGGAUCAGAUAAAAGUCGGAAAAGGUGUGAAUGUUUCUAUAUAUUGAAACAAUAGUAAAUAGCUAACUCUAUACUGUCUGCAAUAGCUCAACGAAUGCUAUGUAUUUCGGCAAUUAAUAUUUUAAAAGCACCCUUUUUUGAGCAGUGGAUAUACAACAAGAAGUCGUCAUGCACGUUUGCACAGAAGUAAAAUAAAUCAGCUAUUAUUUAGAAAUUGAAAUUUAUCAGCCUCAAGAGAACUAUUUCCACAAUCAACUGAGUAAUUAAGAAAAAGAAUAAAUAGUUGCACACUGAUGACACCAAUGAGAAAAGCAAAAAUUUCAUAAGAAAAAGAUGAUUUUAAUGUUUUGUAAGAUAACCUUGAUAAUCGUGUUUUCGAUGAUGAAUACAAAGAAGCUGAUUGUUGUCAUAAUGUAAGAUAUAGUGAAAAACGAAUGCAUUUUCAAAACUUUGUCGAUAAAUAUUUGCUUUCUUUUGGUUAUUAUAUACGAAAAUCCUUAUUGAAAAUAAAAGUUUGUUACACAAACACACUUUAGCGCAUAUAGAAAUAGGACAAGCAGGUUUCCAAGAAUGGAUAUUUUUUUAUCGUUCCCGCUUCCGUGUUCCCGUCUCGAAAUCUUCCCAGGAAUAUACGGGAAAAAUUUGUUUCCCCAGGACUCUAGUAGCCAUUAUAGAAAAUUAAAAAAAUCAUUUUUUGCAUAGAUUAAAUGUUUAAGAAGAUUGAUAUUUCUAUUCAAAUAUAUUUCUGGCAAGCAUAAUGUUGAUAGAGUGCUGCUAGGAAUUUUUCCUUUUUCUAAAGCGUUAUAGUAUUAGUCCAGCUACGUCAUCCGUCCUGAAUCAGCUCUUUCUGUUGUUGGCUUUGUUCACCACAAACAGCGGUCUUCUUUAUCAUCAGCUACAUUCAGAUGUCUUAUGUUGUUAAAAUAAUGAAAAUUAGCUUUCGUAAGAAUAAAAAAAAGAAAAAUAGAAUGAUUGAAAUUUUUUUAUUGAUAAUACAUACAUUGUUUAUAGAAUAUCUCUAUGAAAAUCUAGCAUACAGAGUUCAAUACAAUAUGAACCAGUCUUACAAUAGUUGAUAUCAUUUUUUUACCCGAGAAAAUUUUCAUAUUGUUUUCGAAUGAAAUUACAUUUUUUUUUCGAAAAUGCUUUAAGAAAACUCGAGUUCAUUCAUAUGAAUAGAAGAUAGCAGAAAUUAAGAUUCGACGAUCAAACCGUUUUCAUAGAUCAGCUUUAUAUUGGCCAACUUGCGUGCUUUCCAGUAAGUAGGACAGGAUGCACAGGUUAAAUCCUUAUAUCUGUAUUUGGCGGAAGACUUUCUUUUCUUAAUUCAAGUAUUCGAUCAUUGAGACCAUAC